CUAAGUUAUUCUUAUUCUUGGAUGUAAUAAUACAAUUUGGGGCAUUUCUGCCCCACCCUCCCCUAGCUGUUUAAUCAUUAUUUUAUCAAAACUUCGCAACUGUGCGUGGGUUGCUCAUUGUUAUAUUAUUUCAGCAAAUUUGUACAAUUGUAGAGACACUUAGUACGUUUCCAGUCUUCAAUGAAUGCUCUAAAAAUAGAUUGAUUUAUAUCACUUGUUUACUCUUUCAUUCUGUUUCGCCGAUGCUUGGGCAAAAAACCGCGAAAUCGUCAAAAUGGAAAAAGAUGAUUUAUUUUCGGCGAUUUAUCGUUGCGAAACAGUGGCGUGUACAAGCAGCAUUAAUUCAAAUAAUUCGCGACAUGGAAACAUGCCGUAUCUAAUUAAUGCGUCUACUUGGAAAAUUAAAUUUUCCCGAAAUAAGCCCCGAGUCAUUCAACUUAAUUCCGUGAUCGAUAGUUUUGUUGUAAUUGUUUGAUAGUUGGAUCAGAUGGGUAACGAAUCACGUCUCGGGAAAAUUCCGUAUGAUUAUUGAUUCGUCACUGCGGCCAUUUUCCCGCAUUCUGCAACUUUUCUUUACGCAUUUCCACCACUAGGGUGUGCCACCGUGUCGUUUUUCCUACACCAUGUGAAAAUAUAAUUCCAAUUCUUCCAGUUGCCUAAUGUGAUAGAAAUAUUCCUAUAAAAUUUUUAUAAUACUUAAAAUGCCAUGUAUAGACUCAGAUAUAGACUAAGGAUCUUGCUUCCGCCUUUACUCGUCGGAGUUUUGAUUACUUUGACUGUUAUUGUACUAAAUAACGGUUCGCUUCUUCGCCAUGUCUUUUACAACUACCAAAUUAACUUUCAUGGAGUGGCGGGGAGUUACCUGUCGACGAAAACACCAAAUGAGAGUUACUGUAACUUCAGGUAUGGCCUACCUGAGGAGCUCUUAUACGAAGAAAGUGAUUUAAUUGUGCCAUUUGAGGAAAAAGCGAAAAGUCCGUACCGAAUUCUCCAAAAUGUGAUUGAAGCCAAAUUGGACGAAACAGUACCUGAAGUCACCUACGUCACGCAUUCGACGGCGGAUUUUAUCAACUACAUCGCAGAAAUAAUCAGAUUUUGGGAAGGCCCGGUUAGCGUUGCCGCCUUUGUCCCGGAUUCAGACGCCGACCUAACAAUCCGCCAGUUGACACAGCUGUGUUUUUGCGCCCCCGAAAUGGGGCGAGUCUCUGUCCACUUCGUAUUCCCGCUCAAGGAGCCCCCAUAUUUGCAAAACCACCAGGAAAAAUUAACCUGCGAGCUCCCUGAUUCGGCCAAAUUGGCCACGUUUCGGAUGAGCAACGAGCUCAUGUACCCCAUCAACAUAUGCCGAAACGUGGCUCGGACGUACUCACAGACCGAUUUUGUGAUGGUCACUGACAUCCAGCUCAUACCGAGCGAAGACUUGGCUUCGAGAUUCGUCAAAAUGGCCAAACUGUUGCAUUUGAAGAAAAGUCCGUCCCGCGUUUUCGUAGUGCCUGUGUUCGAAGUGGAGGCUUAUGAUGUCAUACCGAGGACGAAAGACGAACUCAUGAUGAUGGUCAAGGAGGAGAGAGCGGUUUACUUCCACAGACACACUUGCUCCCAUUGCCAGAAGUUUCCGGGGAUUAAGACCUGGCUCGAAAGCGCCAGCGGUGACACCAUCAAGGUGGGCAAAGCCAGGCGUAGCCAGUUUUUCAAUUUGCAAUUUCAGCCCUUUGUUUCCGUCAAACGGGAGUACCCUUUCCACCGCUGGGAACCCAUCUACAUAGGGGGCAAGACCGACCCCUUGUACAGCGAACUGCUGUCCUGGGAGGGUUUGCAAGACAAGAUGACUCAGAUGUUGGAGAUGUGCCUUAUAGGAUACCAGUUCAUUAUUUUGGAUGGCGCGUUCCUGGUCCACUGGCCCGGGAUUAAAAAGGAGAAGCACACCUUUUACGUGCAAAAUUCGUGGCGAAUGAGUUUCCAGCAAGAAAACUCCAAACACUACUCGAGAAUUAUCAAGGAAUUGCGGAGCAAAUACGACGAUAAUCCUAAAUGCAAGCUGCAAUAAAUCAAACUGUUGAGUUAGACUGAUUAGCCAAAGCGAUAGAUUAGUUAAUUGUUGCCGAUUGAGCCAAUGGUUUUGUUGACGUUGAACCGACCUGUGAUCAUGCUUAUUUUAACAAAUAAACCGAUAAAGAAAAACA